UUGUCGGGAGGACCCUGGGCAAAGACGCCUACCCUGCCAUGCUGCGCCGUCUGCCCUCCAGGCUGCCAGUCAAGAUGUGGGGCAGGACUUCGGAGAAACAGAGACAAGCAGAGGGCAGCAGAGGCCCAUGGAAAGGCCCGGCUCUAAGCCAUGGAGGGCCCUGUGCUCAGUCAUGGAGGGACAGCAGUCAGACCCCUCCCCCAUGUCUUAUCCGUAGACUUGACCACAUCGUGAUGACGGUGAAGAGCAUCAAAGACACCACCGUGUUUUAUUCCAAGAUCCUGGGCAUGGAGGUCAUGACUUUUAAGGUAACCACUUCCCCAAAUGCCAAAAUUCAGGAAGACCGGAAAGCACUGUGUUUUGGAGACCAGAAAUUUAACCUCCACGAGGUGGGAAAGGAAUUUGAACCCAAAGCCGCUCACCCAGUUCCUGGCUCCCUGGACAUAUGUCUGAUCACAGAGGUGCCUUUGGAGGAAAUGAUCCAGCACCUCAAGGCUUGUGAUGUCCCUAUUGAGGAGGGGCCAGUCCCCAGAACAGGGGCAAAAGGGCCUAUUAUGUCCAUCUACUUCCGAGACCCCGACAGAAAUCUGAUUGAGGUGUCCAACUACAUCUCCUCGUGAUGGAGGCUGGACCUCCUCCGUUCUGUCCCCCUUGAUGUCGCCCUCUCCUUUCCUUCCUGCAAACCCUCACCCAGGCCCAGAGAUCUCCGAGGACUGAGGACUUAGGCACUUCACACAUCCUGCUGAGGGGGGACCCAAGACAGGUUUGGGACCAAACCUACACAUCUGUAUGUCAUCAAAGCUGGCCUAAUAAAUGCAUAACCUCUC